GCCGAAGUCGCAAGUUCGUCGGCUUCUGCUGGUGAAUCCCCAAUUCCCGGUCAUUAAAAGUAACAGAGGUCUCCUUUUCAAAUCUUCAACAAUUUCCAAAAAGUGAAGACGAUCCAUCUUGAGUCCGGCCUUUGCUGACUCAACGACCCUGGCCAUUCGUCGAAUCAGAGGGGGGGACAUUUCUUUUACAAGCCUCCGAUUCGAGUCUCAAAAACAUCCGCCUGGAACCUCGGCAUUCCACCCCAGAGCCCCGGAUCCUAGUGGCGCUCGUGCAUUGAGAGAGCAACAAAACCACGCUGCUUCUCCUUCUCUUAUUUCCAUCCUGCAAACUCUCUAUCUCUCCCUGAUCCCCUCCAUUUCACAAAUUAUUCAAAAUGGUUCCAAGAGUAAUUGUUGUCGGCGGUGGCUUGUCCGGCUUGAGUGCUGCUCACACCAUCUACCUGAAUGGCGGCAAUGUCGUUGUUUUGGACAAGCAAGGUUUCUUUGGUGGUAACUCGACCAAGGCGACAUCCGGAAUCAACGGAGCCCUCACACGAACUCAAGUCGAUGCAAAGAUCCCGGACAGCGUCAAGCAAUUCUACGACGAUACCCUCAAAUCUGCGAGAGACAAGGCCAGACCAGAUCUCAUCAAGGUUUUGACAUACAAGUCAGCUGCGGCUGUUGAGUGGCUCCAGGAUGUGUUCAACUUGGAUUUGACUCUCGUUUCACGGCUAGGUGGUCACUCCCAGCCAAGAACACACCGAGGGCACGAUGCCAAGUUCCCUGGUAUGGCCAUUACAUAUGCUCUGAUGCAAAGACUCGAGGAGCUCGCCGAGAAGGAACCAGAACGUGUACAAAUCAUCAAGAAGGCCCGAGUGACUGGCUUGAACAAGGAAGGAAAUAAGAUAACCGGUGUAUCAUACGAGUUUGGCGGAGAAUCUGCUACUGUCGAGGGUCCAGUUGUGCUAGCCACUGGUGGAUAUGCUGCCGAUUUCACCGAGACUUCUCUUCUCAAGAAAUGGCGCCCAGACACAUUCAACCUCUCAUCUACCAACGGUGUACAUGCAACUGGUGAUGGACAGAAGAUGGUUAUGGCCAUUGGUGGCAAUGGCAUCGAUAUGGACAAGGUUCAGGUUCAUCCUACAGGGCUCGUUGACCCCAAGGACCCUGGAUCAAAGUGGAAGUUUUUGGCUGCCGAGGCUCUUCGUGGUGAGGGCGGUCUGCUUCUGAACGGAGACGGUGACCGCUUCUGCGACGAGCUUGGUCACCGAGACUACGUUUCCGGUGAGAUGUGGAAGGAGAAGGACAAGGGAAAAUUCCCAGUCCGCCUCAUUCUCAAUUCCAAGGCAUCAAACGUUCUCGACUUCCACACUCGUCAUUACUCUGGCCGUGGUCUGAUGAAGAAGAUGACCGGAAAGGAGCUUGCAAAGGAGAUUGGCUGCACACCAGAACAUCUCCAAAGCACUUUCAAGGCCUACAACGAGAUUGCUGAUGGAAAGAAGAAGGAUCCAUAUGGCAAGAAAUUUUUCCACAAUGGCCCAGUUGAUAUCAACGAUGAUUUCCACGUUGCUGUCAUGGAGCCAGUUCUCCAUUUCACCAUGGGUGGUAUCGAGAUCAAUGACAAGGCUGAGAUUCUCAACUCGGAAGGCAAGCCAUUUGAGGGCCUGUACGCUUGCGGCGAACUUGCUGGAGGUGUCCACGGUGCUAAUCGUCUUGGUGGUUCUUCUCUUCUCGGCUGUGUCGUUUAUGGACGUGUUGCUGGUGACACUGCCAGCAACUACAUGUUCCAGAAGGCUCUUCAGGGUGGUGUUAGCGGUGCUGCUCAACGUCUUGGUCAAAUCUCUCUUCACAUCGACCCCUCUCAACCUGGCAAGAUCUCUGUUGAGUGGGAUAGCCAAGGCGCUGGAACCGGCGGCAAGCAGGCACAUCAAUCACAGGCCUCUGCAGGGCCUGUACUAAGCAAGAAUGGUGAUUCAUCUGAUCCAGGAAAGGUCAGCCAGGCAGGCAAGCCUGCAGAAUUCAAGAUUCCCGAGAAGGAGUACACAAUGGAGGAGGUUGCGAAGCACAACACCAAGGAAGACCUUUGGGUCGUGGUUAAAGGUGUUGUCAUGGAUCUCUCGGACUGGCUGGAUGAGCACCCAGGUGGACCUCAAGCCAUUAUGAACUUCAUGGGACGUGAUGCGACAGAGGAAUUUGAGAUGCUGCAUGAUGAUGAGGUGAUCCGAAAGUACGCACCAAGCCAGGUGAUUGGACGUGUUAAAGGCCAAAAGGUUACUUUGGAGGCGUAG